GUUGCAUUUUUACGGCGUUUUCUUUGUACAAGAAUGGUAAGGAGCUGUUGCGAACUGAUAGACGCCGAGGAUCUAUCCGCUGUCUGGACGGCUUGCGUUUCCUCAGCAUAUGCUGGAUCAUUUACGGUCAUACUUAUUACAUGGAGGCUACCAGUAUCAAAAUGGACCUUACGCAUAUUCCAAAUAUGCAUUACGAUUGGAACAACAUGCUGGUGCUCAACGGCAACAUUGUCACGGAUACUUUUUUCCUACUAAGUGGAAUCCUACUCGCUUACACCGAACUGAUGAAGAAGGAACGCGCCGCCUUAAAGUGGCGUUUCGACAUGAUAGGACUUUACGUUCAUCGUUAUGUAAGAUUAACACCGGCCUAUGCGAUGAUGAUCGGUUUUUAUGCCACUCUAUUCUACAAAUUCGGUACAGGCCCGCACUGGGACGCCUUGGUUGGCUCUAACAAAAACUUUUGUCGCGAGAAUUGGUGGACCAAUUUGCUUUAUGUUAACAACUAUGUCAACGUACCGAACAUGUGCAUGUCCCAAUCCUGGUACCUAUCGACCGACAUGCAGUUUGUUUGGCUGUCGCCGCUUGUACUGUAUCCUAUGCUCAAGUUUAGGAGUUUGUUCUUUACGAUUGUUCUGGCCGUCUGCUUGUUCUUUUCGAUCUUAGUGCCCUUCGUUACAACUUAUGUUCUCCGACUAACGGGCACCAUGCUCUAUUACAAAGAACAGAUGGACUUAACCCAGGUUUAUCUGGAGAUCUAUAUAAAGACGUACAAUAGAUUCGGGCCUUACGUCAUUGGUUUAGGCCUUGGAUACUUGUUAUAUAAGACGCGAUCUUCCAAAGUCAAAUUACGCACCGGCUACGUAAUUCUGGGUUGGCUGCUCGCGAUCAUGGCCGGCUUGUCGGUAAUUUUCGGGCCGCGAGGCAUGUACUUCGACACUCACGUGUACAAUAGGCUGGAGGCGAGUUUCUACGCCGGUUUCCAUCGGCAGGUCUUCGUACUCUCGGUCUCCUGGAUUGUUUUCUGCUGCAUGCACGGAUACGCAGGUCCCAUCAAUUAUAUACUUUCCUGGCAUGGAUGGAUACCGCUCAGCAAACUGACUUACUGCGCCUAUCUCUCUCAUUAUCUCUUCAUACUGUCGCACGUCGGAGCCGUACGAACUACCGGCAAUUUGACACAGAUGAACGUGAUGCGCGCAUAUUUCGCCAAUUUGGUGCUCACUAUGAUGGUAUCAGUGGUAUGGAGUCUCUGUUUCGAGAUGCCCUUCAUGGCCAUCGACAGUAUCCUUCUUUCCGGGCACAAGCAAAACUCGUCGAAGCCCUUGAAGGCUUGCGAUUCCACGGCAUCCGGGAAGGAGAUCUGCCAGUCGAAGGAAUCCUCGAUUAUGUACGUAAAUGAUAAUCCUGGGGAAUACAGUUGCGGCGUUACCCGCUACGACCUUAUGAAAACCGCCAAAGAGAACGGCGCGGAGUUCGUCAAUGACGGGACGGAGAGAAAUAUCGGUAAAAUAUACUCUAUCAGUCCUAUAAAAUGCAGCACGUGGUCGGCUGUGAAUAAUAGAACGUCAGACGAUUUUGUCAACGUCGAUUUUUGUCAUAUUCUCGACCUCGACAAUUGCGGACGACCGAAAGCGCAUUCGAACGGACGGGAAUCAAGAUCGAUCGACAACGAUCCAGCUUACAGGACGAAGCCAAAUCAGUCCUUGAGGGACAGUGGUUAAAAGAUCGAGCGGGCUCAAUCUAGUCUAGUUACAGUUAAUAAUAUUAUUAUUAAUUAUUAUGUGAGAUAAAUUGCGAAAAUUUUAUAGGAUAAGUAUAUCCUGUUUUUAGCAAGAGAAUAAAAUAAGAGUAAGAGUGAUAUAAUCGGAAUUUUAUAGGGAAAAACAAAGUAAACGAAAGAACGAGAUUUUGUUUACACAUAUAUUAUAUAAUACAGAGUCUACGAUAAACUAGAAAUAUAAAAUAUAGGUAUAUACUUGCGAGAGAAAUGUUUGCUGGACAGAGAAUUAAAGCCGCAGCUAUAUAUUUUUAAAUAAUAAUAAAAGAGAACUAUUUUUUUACUUCAUCGAUUUUUUUUAUUUUAUUGAUAGUGAUUUGUGAUAAAGCAAGAUAAUGUGUUAUUAUUGAUAACUGUGCAUUAGAUGAUGCAUAUAUUGUAGAAAAUGCUUACGCAAAGAGAAUAUACGUAUUCAUUUGAUAUGAUGAACGUAAUUACCGAUUUAUCGGUGCGAUUUGCAGUAUUAAUUGAGAGAGUUGAAGUUAUAAAGAAUUUUACUUCAUAUUGAGAAAAAAAUUUAGGAAAUAUUUAAAAUAAUAUAAAUUUUUUCUUCACGACGACUGUCCACUGCGAUUAUUCGAGGAUCUGCGCUUUAAUUUCCGUUUUUGGUAUUGUUACAUUUUACGUUCUCGAACAAGAGUUCUAAUAAUGUCUUUUAUAUUCCAGAUCCUUUAUAUCCACCGGUUUCCGUUUCAAUUUCUAGCUUUAAUUUGUACCGUAACAUUGAGAAUGACCUGAUCAAAACAUUUGUUAUUGAUUAUACCAUUUGAUGUAAGUAUUUUAACUAAUCAUAUUGGAGCAUUAAAUACCCAGUUCUGGCUCGCAUAGCCCACAUUUUAUUUAUUUUUAUUUUAUUAAUUUAUUUUUUUUUAAAUGUGAAUUAUGAUAAACGAGAAACAACUAAUAUUUCUAUUCUCUCUUUCUCCAACUCUCUCACGAGCCUUUACCAUCGAAUUAUUUCGGCAUAAUUAUAUGCUUUUUAAUGUAUAAUAAAAAGAUAUUACUUCCUUGUUUGUUUCUACUGUUUGUUUAAAUAAAAGAAUUAAUUGUUAAUUAUUUGUUAAUAGAACAACAUUUGCCUGUAUAAGCGCCGUUUUGAAUUGAUUCGACCGCGACGAACGAAUCGAACAAUGCCAAAAUAAAAGCGCAUUGCCAAAUAAA